AUGUUCAUCAGCAAAAGAUACGGAAAUAAACGCCUCAACCUCACGGACCUGGCCCCUGUCAAAUCAUCAUUAUUUCGAUUCUUUUCAACUGAGUCACCAAAUGCAACUAAAAUUACGAAACCAGAUGGCAUAUUCAGUUAUUCUCUGUUGAACAAUAAAAGAUAUAUCAAGAUAAAAGGGCCCGACACAGUGAAAUUCUUGAAUGGAUUAGUUACCUCAAAACUAUUACCACACUUCAUCAAGAAAAACCUAACCACUAUAGAUACUAAAGAAAGCACUCCCGGAAAAGGGGCAAUAAAAACUGACUCAAUUGUUCCUGUGCCCAAAUUCGAUGCACGAUUGGGGAAUUGGGGACUAUAUAAUGAAGCGGGUAUUCAAGGACCUUAUAUCUCAAGAUUUGGUUUGUACUCUGCAUUUUUAAACGGUAAGGGAAAAUUAAUAACAGAUACAAUUAUUUACCCUACACCUAUAGCAUUAACUGAACGAAUUGCAGACUAUCCUGAAUAUUUACUAGAAUUUCAUGAAAAUGUAGUAGAUAAGGUUCUGCAUAUUCUGCAAACACACAAGUUGGCAAGUAGAGUUAAAUUUGAGAAAACAGAUUAUACCUCGAUGAAAAACUGGGCCAUUGAAAUUCAAUUUCCAAAUUUGCCCAAAGAUAUAGAAAAUCCGUGGUUUGAUAAUCUGUUAGACCCUAUGACUUUGUCAAAAACUUCCACAGAUGCUUAUAACUUUGCUAUCAAUGUUUUAGAUUCUUUGUUUCACUCAGAUCCUAGAAUCUUAGGUAUUUACAUAGAAAGAAGGAUCGAGUCAAGAUUAAGACAUGACUCUACCCUCCCACAAGCCUUUAGGCUUGUCACUUCGAAGCAAGUGGACGAUGUUUCGAAGUUAUUCAACUUCAGCUCUUUCAACUUCCCUUUCCAAGUAAACAAAAGGGACCCCGCUCAAAUAAGACAAAAUAUUUUUCAAGAAGGUCUUAUAGAUAGUACUCAGGAUUAUAAAUCGGAGACUUUAUUACCUUUGGAACUAAACUUCGAUUUUCUACCAAACACUAUAAGCACAAAUAAAGGUUGUUAUGUGGGACAAGAACUAACGGCCAGGACGUAUGCCACUGGUAUUCUGCGGAAACGUUUGGUGCCGGUUAAGCUCCAUAAUUAUCAACUUUUGGAUGUAGGCCCAGAAAAAAAAUACCCAGAAAUUCAUAUCGAUGAUAUGGUAAAAAAGGAUGCUGCAGGACGGACGUUAGCGUCUAAUCCAUUCGCGAAUAAAAUGCCUGAAGGUUCUAAAAGGAAACAAAGGCCUGCAGGUUCACUGAUUGCUAAUGAAGGACAGUAUGGUGUAGCUCUACUUAGAAUUGAGCAUUUCCCCGCAGCCUUCUCAUCCGAUGAGUCUGCUGGAUUUUACAUUACGACAACGAAGGGAAGUAAUGUUAAAGUUAUACCUCAAAAACCAUUCUGGUUUGCAGAUUGGAAACAAAACAAUGGUCAUCUUAAAUAG